GGAUGAAAGAAAUCGUAAGAGUUCUAAGCUCUUAAUAUAUAUUACUUAUUGCACUUUAAAAUAGUCAUCACACUAGGUAGGAAUUAACAUUCCAAAUCCCAUAGGGUGGAUACCUCUUCCUACACGUAUAUAUAAAAGUCAUCAAGUGACCUGCCUCAGAGGAAGGCCAACUGAAGACAGGUCUCCUGGGACAGCUGAGGAGAGCCAUCGCCAUGAUCCCCGCACUGCUCUUGCUGGGCCUUUCAGCCCUUGUCGCUCCAUCCAUGAGUUACAGUUGCUAUGGUGAUAUAAGUGCCCUUCCAGCCCCCACGGUGUCCUGUACAGCUGUAAGAGCCCCAGACUGUGCUGCAGGAUAUGCCAUGGUACGGAGGACUGCUGAGGCAGACCUCGUGCGCCUGAGGAAAUACGAGGUCCCGAUUAGACGAGUAGCCAGAAACCUGUGCUUGGACCCAGCUCUCAUUGGUGCCAUCAUGUCACAGGAGAGCCGUGUUGGCCUGCUCCUGAACAACGGCUGGGACCAGGGACGGCAGAAGUACGGCUUGAUGCAGAUCAGCAGGCAGCUACAGCAGCCUUAUGCAGUGUGGGAUAGUGAAGAACACAUAAAUCAGUGCUCAAAUAUUCUGGUUCUUUCAAUCAAUGAAGUACGGACAAGACAUCCUACCUGGACCUGGGAUCGGCAGCUGAGAGGGGGAAUCUGCACCUAUCAUGCGAGAAUGGGCAAUCUCCAGGUCUAUGAGGAAGACCCAUGCAGCAGAGACAACAACUAUGUCAACAGCGUGAUCAGGCGAGCCCAGUACUUCAAGAGAAAUGGGUUCUAGCUCAUAAACCCGCCCCACCACUGAGCCUCUCCUCUGCACAGACUAGCAGUGAUCACAGUACCCAGAGCAGGUCUUCUGGCAGGACCGAUGCUGGGAGCAUUGCCAACAGCACCUUGCUCACUCCAGCAAAUCCCAGCUCCCCACUCACCAGUGGGCGAGCUCAGCACUGCCUUCCAGGGAACCCACAGGGAUGAGAUACCACAAGCUUGGGGCCUUUGAGAAGCAGAUGGGGACAGACCAGCAGUGUUUAAAUUUUGAGUGAGGAAUGUGACUCUUCCUGUUUGGAGCUGAACCCAGGGCUGUUCAUGCAUCCCCCAGAUGCAAGCACACAAGCAGCUCUCCCUGGACAUCAGCUGUGCUCUUCCCAUCACCUCCAUCCACCUCCUUCCCUCUCCAUGGCCAAUGCAGGGGAUGAAGUCCCUGAGUUAAAAUUUUCCCUCCCCUUGAUGCUGCUGGCUACGGGGCAACGAAGAGACCACUGAGCCUUUGGUCUCUGCAGUAGCUGAGUAUUCCUGUGGCCAGCCUUGAGGGGGACAA